AUGACAAGAUGUGUCAUUUUUGAUCGAGCAUCGAGUUUAAGCUGCAAUGUUGCCUCUCAGCUGAAAGUAAUGAGUUUUAACCUUCGCACGUCGAUGGCCAACGACCCAUGCCCAAGCGGUUGCUGGGAGCAACGCAAGUUUAGAGCCAAGAAGCUUGUGCAGCACUACAAUCCUGAUCUUGUUGGUACCCAAGAAGGAGCCCCUGACCAAAUCAAGUAUUUUCAAGAUAAUCUUCAAUUUGCGAGUACGGGCGACUGUGCGGGUGAAUGUCAGUGGAAUGAGCGCAACAGUAUAUUCUACAAGCGCGAACGCUGGGAACUGCUGGAGACUUCAACGUUUGCAUUGAGUGACACCCCUGAUGUACUACCAUCAAAUACGUGGAAUCUUCAAUAUCUGCGCGCCGGAGUCAUAGCGCGUUUUCGCGAUAAAAGUACACGUCAUGUCGUAUGCAUGCUGAACACGCAUUUUGACAUUAAUCGUGGUCAGCCUGAAUCGUCAGUGUUGGUCGCAAAGCGGCUGAGUCAGCUGUGUCAGUCGAAAGACACGGUGCUUAUGACUGGGGAUCUGAAUACUGCUCCUCAGAGCUCAUCCAUCCAGUACCUUGCGAAUCAGGGUCCAAUUGAUGGGCAUUAUACUCCUAUCCCUAUGUAUGACACGCUGACUGCUUCGGGCGCUGGAGGGCCUACUUGGAUUGGAUCAUCAUUUGGAAACAAGCCGGAGGGUAACAAAUUUGACUAUAUAUUCUCUCGUCGUGACGACCACACUUGUUUACGUAAUGGUACAAUUUUGGUUGACUUAUUUGACGGGUAUUCGAGUUCAGACCAUGCAGUAGUUUUGUCGGAAUUUUGCCUUGGAACAAAAUGCUCGAGUUGUAUCGCGUAA